AACAUUAAAUGAAAAUACAAAGGAAAAAUCAACAAACAGAUCAACACUCACGGCAAAGUUUUCUGGGAAAAAUAGAGCCAGAUCUGAUAGGAGGGAUCCCACCCACAGGACCAGGCUCCCAUCGUCCCCUUCACCACCAUUCCCAGAAAACUUCUCUAUUCAGAAAAUUACCUACACAAAAGCAAACACAACCAAUAAGCCCUCCGUCAACCUCCGGUAUAAAACUCGAGCCCCUUUCAACAGAAAACUUUUCCUUUUCUUCGCCGGCAACACCAGAAAAAAUACAAAAGGACUCCUCCGCCGUCAACACCAGAACCAAAACAACCCCCCUAGCUAUCCUAACACCACCUAUUUAGACAAAAAUCAAAGGAAACCCUAAAGGACGCUGGUCUACCAUCAUGCUCAGUUGGCUGCCACGUGGGGUGCAGGAUCCGGUUACAGAAGAAGGGCGGCGCAGAGAGAUUUGGUUGCAGAAGAGGGGCGUCGCAGAGGGUGGGUGUAGGCUGUUGUAGGCUCGACGGGUGCAGGAGAAGGGAGGCGGAGUCGGCUGGGUGCAGGGUAGGUUGUAGGCGUGCGAGGGUGUGAUGAUGGCUAGUUCGGUGAUAGGGGGUAGGGCGUGGUGCAGGGCAGGUGUAGGCAGCAAGCCGGGCUCGGGUGAGGAUGCAGAGCAGGGGCACUGGGCAGGGGUGCUGGUGCGCAGGGCGCAAGGCGCGGGCUCAGGGCGUUGGGGUGCGCAGGGUGAGGGGAUCUGGUGCGGGAGCAGGGGUGGAUUCGGGGCAGCAGCAGGGGGAAGGCUGGGUGCCUGGGGAAAAAGGUCAAAUAAUCGUCUGGAUAAACAUGUCAGGCUCCGAUUAUCUUGCUUGGCAUGCCACGUAGCCCCGAUUAUUGCUGACUUAAGCAUCGAAGUGUCUGCCUCGAGGACCCACCUCGGGGCUUUGCAGGUCAAAUUGGAGUGCAGAUACGGACUGAAGAAGGACUUCUGGUUUGCUGGAAACUCAUCUCAGCCUCUUGGACGAGGCCAGGUCCCUAGUAACCUUCCACCUCACCUCCCACCUCUGAUCCCGAAUACAUUCCCUCAUGUUGAUCAUGCAGAAGGAGGAGAUGAAAAUCAACCACACAAUUCGGCUUAUAACUCAGCCUCUACUGCCAACCAAGACGUAGUUGCAGCUCAGCUUGCUGCCAUGCAACAACAGUUUAGCAUCUUUCAGCUAGUGCUGGCUCAACUAUUAGCCCAGAAUAAUCCUGGUGAUCCACUCAUCAACCUACUUAAUCUUGCUCCACAACCCCCGCCCCCACAACAAAACCCUGAACCAGUUCAGCAUGUUCUUGCUCUUAGUAAUGCUCGAACCUGGUAUUACAGUCUACCUCCUAGGUCAAUCAGCUCUUAUACAGAAAUGACAUUUGCUUUUGCCACAAAGUUUUCCAGUAGAAGGUUGAUCAGGAAAACCACUUCUGAGCUAAUGCGAGUUAGGCAGAGGGAUGGAGAGUCUUUGAAGAAUUUUAUGAGCAGAUUCAAUGAUGCAGUACUGGAGGUUAGCUCUUUCGACCAAGCUGUGGGAAUUAUAGCUGUGAUCUUAGGUCUUAGCCAUGAAAGAUUCAGAGAUAGUCUGCUCAAACAUCCUGCCACCACCUUCAGUGAGAGCGCUGAACAGCCAAGGUUUGUCAGAGAACAAGGGCCACAGCCUCAAGGAGUUCAUAACCCACCAAACCGGCAAGGUGUGGGAUAUCAGCAAACCCCACCUCCAGAGGUUAAGCAUCAGAAUCGAGCUCAGAAACGGAAGUUUGACGAUGCUGAGUGGAAGAAUCAACCCAUUACUUUCACAUCUGCUGAUCUCGAUACAGUCAUCACACCUCAUAAUGACCCUCUAGUCACUUCUGUUAUAAUUAACAAUUGUGAGGUGCAGCGUGUCCUUGUUGACACAGGGAGUGCACCAGACAUCAUGUACUUCCAUUACUUUGAGAGUCUUGGCUUGGAUCCAACUUUGUUGCAGUGUGGCCGAAAUUAUGUGACCCAUUCGGUUAGGUUUCUAGUAGUCAAGAUGGUGUCCUCUUUCAACGUUGUCAUUGGCCGACCCACACUUACUGAAAUUCGAGCUGUGAAGGGCAAAGAUCAAACACCCGAGGCUAAUCCCAAACAGAUUCCUGAUAAUCAACAAGUUAUGGGUGUUGAAAUAAUAGAUAACCGACCAAAAGAUGAAACCAGAGCUGCUCCAGUCGAAGAUGUUGAAGAAGUGCCCAUUGAUGAUAGAAAUCUGAACAUGCCAGGAAUCCCAAAUUCGGUGUCUCAACAUAAGCUCAGUACCAAUCCAUUGAAGAAACCAAUGGCCCAGAAGCGACGUCUCUUUGGGGGGGAGAGGCUUCAGGCUAUAAAAGAAGAGAUGUGCAUCGAUUACACAAAUCUUAACCAAGCCUGCCCCAAGGAUUGCUAUCCGAUGCCGAGCAUUGACAAAUUGGUUGAAACGGCUUCAGGUAAUGAGAGGUUAAGUCUCUUGGAUGCAUAUUCUGGGUAUCACCAAGUGCCGAUGGCUCCAGAAGAUGAAGAGAAAAUGUCGUUCUAUGCUGGUGACGAAAUCUAUUGCUAUGUAAUGAUGCCAUUUAGCUUAAAGAACGUAGGCGCUACUUAUCAGAAGAUGGUGACCAUUGUUUUCCGAGCUCAGAUUGGUUGGAAUCUGGAAGUUUAUGUUGAUGACAUUGUAGUAAAGAGCUUGAAAGCAGAAGACCACCUAGCUGAUCUUGGCGAAACUUUCAACAACCUCCGAAAGAACAGAAUGCGGUUAAACCCAGCCAAAUGCAUCUUUGGCGUGGAGUCUGGAAAGUUUCUGGGUUUCAUGGUGUCCAGAAGAGGGAUUGAGGUCAACCCAGAAAAGAUCAGAGCAAUUGCCGAGAUGGAACCGCUGAAGUCAGUGAAAGAGAUACAGAGAUUGACGGGAAGGGUGGCAGCUCUUCAUCGAUUCAUAUCGAAGUCAGCAGAUAACUCGCCACCCCUACUGACUAAGGCCAUAGAUGGGGAGAUUCUCUAUUUGUAUCUGGGAAUUUCAGAUCAAGCCAUUAGUUCGGUUUUGGUGAGAGAAGAAGCCAAGCAGCAAAAACCAAUCUAUUAUAUCAGCAGCGUACUGCAUGGUGCAGAAUUGAGAUAUCCUAUUGCUGAGAAAGCAGCAUUAGCAGUUGUUACUUCGGCCAGGAAGCUGAGGCCAUAUUUCCAGUCACACCCAAUCAUUGUACUUACAAACCAACCUCUUCGACAGAUUCUACAGAAACUAGAGUGCUCUAGAAGAUUAAUUAAAUGGGCAGUAGAACUGGGGGAAUUCGAGAUAACAUUUCAGCAGAGAUCUGCAAUCCAAGCUCAAGCACUGGCAGAUUUUAUCGGUUUAGGAGCUGGUGCUCUCUUAAUUGGCCUAGAUGGAUACCAAAGUGAACAUGCCCUAACAUUUAACUUCAAUGCAACAAACAACAUGGUUGAGUACGAAGCUCUGCUACUUGGUCUACAACUAGCAUUGGAGUUGAAAAUCAACGCGAUCCAGGUAUAUAGUGAAUCCCAGCUGGUGGUGAACCAAAUCAACUCAAUCUGCGAAGUCGUUGAUCCUGUGAUGGUGAAAUAUGUAGCCCUGGUGGCUGAGCUGAAGUGUAAAUUCCAGAAAUUCUGUCUAAACAAAAUCCCCCAAACUGAGAAUGAACAGGCAGAUUCACUCUCAAAGUUUGCCUCUGAUAACUCUUUAAGUUCCAGAUCAGUUCUUGUGGAGGUCUUAGAUGAACCAAGCUUCUUUAAACCACGGAUGAUGGAGAUCAGCACAAACCCAGAUAUGCCGAGUUGGACUAACUCAAUUAUCUCCUUCUUACGAGACGGGAUAGUACCUGAGGGCAAGCAGGACGCACUGAAGUUGAGGAAGAAAGCAUUUCGGUACACACUCAUUGAUGGGGUCCUUUAUAAGAGAUCUUUCUCACUCCCUCUUCUACGGUGCUUAAAUCCCUACGAAGCUGAGUAUGCACUUCGGGAGCCAAACAUGUACAAAGAUGCCACUCACUUCGUUCAGAGAUGCCCAAAAUGCCAAUUCUUUGCACAUCUUACUCACCAACUAGCAGAAGAGCUCACGAACUUGAUAGCACCAUGGCCAUUUGCUCAGUGGGGACUGGAUCUUCUGGGCCCAUUCAUGAAAGGGGUUGGUGGCGUAACCCAUUUGAUUGUCGGUGUGGAUUAUUUCACAAAAUGGGCUGAAGCUCGGCCAUUAUCCAGUCUUACCUCCAAGAAGUUCACCUCGGUUUACCAUCCGGAGUCAAAUGGUAUGGUAGAAUCUGUCAAUAAAUGCAUUUUAGAAGGAAUAAAGCCAAGGUUGGAACAACACAAGGCCAGGUGGGUAGACGAGCUCAACAACGUCCUAUGGGCAUACAGAACAACGAGCAGAACUGCCACAGGAGACCUCGUUCUCAGAAAGGCUGGCCUAACAGGGUUUGAAACUCGUUUUGGCAAACUGGCCCCGAACUGGAAAGGCCCUUAUACGGUGGCCGAAGUGCCACAUCCUGGUGCCUAUGUCCUCCAAGAUGCUGAGGGGAAGAGAGUUCCUAGAGUCUGGAAUAUCAAUAACUUAAAGAAAUUUUAUCCAUAAUAAAAUUCUUUCAAGUGAUCUAUGUCUUACUAAUUCUUUACAUUACUUACUUCGUGAUCAUUGAGAUUCAUUUCAUCUCUUAUUCUAUGUAUCCGAGGUCAAUCAGUUCAUUCAUUCCUUGAAUUUCACUCCUAUUAAUGAAUACCACUUCACAUA